AUGAGUGUCGUUGGUAUCGACUUUGGUGCCCUCAGCACUAAGAUUGGUGUUGCUAGAAAUAAGGGUAUUGAUAUUGUCACAAAUGAAGUUUCCAACCGAUCCACGCCAUCUCUCGUCGGAUUUGGCCCAAAGAGCAGAUAUAUCGGCGAGCCAGCUAAGACACAGGAGAUCUCCAACUUGAAGAACACCGUUGGCUCUCUUAAGCUACUCGUUGGACGACAAUUCUCCGAUCCAGAUGUCCAGCUGGAGCAGGAAUUCUGCUCUGCGAAGCUGGUCGAUGUCAAUGGCGAAGCCGGUGCUGAGGUUAGUUAUAUGGGCAAGAAGGAGCAGUUUUCUGCUACCCAGCUUGUUGCCAUGUACCUCACCAAAAUCAAGUCAACUGCUUCUGCCGAGCUGAAGCUGCCUGUUUCCGAUGUAGUCGUCAGUGUCCCACCGUGGUUCACGGAUGCCCAGCGCCGUGCACUUAUUGAUGCAUCCGCGAUUGCCGGUCUCAAUAUGCUCCGCCUUAUCAACGAUACCACCGCCAUUGCACUUGGUUACGGUAUCACAAAGUUGGAUCUUCCAGCUGAAGGCGAGACACCCCGGCGUGUUGCCUUUGUUGAUAUUGGCCACUGCAACUACUCCUGUGCCAUUGUUGAGUUCAAGAAGGGAGAGCUUAACGUCAAGGGAACUGCCUGGGACCGUCACUUCGGUGGCAGAGCUCUGGACAAGGCCCUCGUCGACCAUCUUGCUAAGGAGUUCAAAGAGAAGUUCAAGAUUGACAUCAAGACCAACCCCAAGGCCAUGACCCGAACCUUUGCAGCUGCUGAGAAGCUAAAGAAGAUCCUGUCUGCCAACGCCCAGGCACCCAUCAGUAUUGAGUCCAUUAUGAACGAUGUCGAUGUCCGUGCUAUGGUCAAGCGUGAGGAGCUCGAAGAGAUGAUUAGACCACUGCUUGACCGUAUCACUGUCCCUCUUGAACAGGCUCUCGCCGAGGCUGGCCUUAAGCCAGAGGAGAUUGAUAGCAUUGAGAUGGUCGGUGGAUGUACCCGUGUCCCUUCUAUCAAGGAGGCCAUCAGUAAGUUCUUCGGCAAGCAACUCUCCUUCACCCUAAACCAGGAUGAGGCCGUUGCUCGUGGCUGUGCCUUCAGCUGUGCUAUCUUAUCGCCCGUUUUCCGUGUCCGUGACUUCUCUGUUCACGAUGUCAUCAACUACCCUAUCGAAUUCACCUGGGAACAAUCUCCCGAUAUCCCAGAUGAGGCCACCUCCCUGACCGUCUUCAACAAGGGCAACAUCAUGCCUUCCACUAAGAUCCUUACGUUCUACCGAAAGCAGCCAUUUGACUUGGAAGCACGCUACUCCAAACCAGACAUGCUCCCUGGAAAGACCAACCCCUGGAUUGGACGCUUCUCCGUCAAGGGUGUCACCGCUGAUGCCAACUCCGACUUCAUGAUCUGUAAGCUCAAGGCUAGACUGAACUUGCACGGUAUCCUGAACAUUGAAUCCGGAUACUACGUGGAGGAUGUUGAAGUUGAGGAACCAAUUCCUGAGGAGAAGAAAGAAGGCGAGACCAUGGAUACAGACGAUGCCAACGGCGAAGCCGAAGCCAAACCGAAGAUGCGCAAGGUUAAGAAGCAGCUCCGCAAGGGAGACCUUCCCGUUGUUGUCGGAUCUACCUCGCUUGAUCCUGCUGCUCGCGAGAAGUUGGCCGAAAGAGAAAAUGCCAUGUUUAUGGAGGACAAGCUUGUUGCCGAUACCGAAGACAAGAAGAAUGAACUUGAAUCGUUCAUUUAUGAACUCAGAGACAAGAUUGACGGUGUCUACGCUGAGCACGCAAGCGAGGAGGAGAAAGAGAAGCUCAGGGCCAAACUCACUAGCACCGAGGAUUGGCUCUAUGAGGAGGGCGAAGACACUACCAAGGCAGUCUACAUGUCCAAGAUGGAUGACAUCCGCUUCCUUUCCGGUCCAAUCGUGCAACGCUACCUCGACAAACUCGAGGCUGAAAGACAAGCAGCCGCCCCCAAGAAGCACGUCGAAAUAAAGGGCGACACCGUGGACAAUGCAGAUGCGAACGGCGACUCCAAGAUGGAGGAAGUCGAGUAA